CAACAGCAAGAGCAGCGCUUUACAGUUUCGAUCAUCAAUUUGACUUGUGUUUCUCGUCGUUCUUCUUCUUUUAUUACUCUUAUUUCUACGAUUCCCAAUCACGUGAAUAUUUUUACCUUUUGGAGUAGCAUUUACUAAAACCCCAUUUUGAAACAGCUAGGAAUGAUGCUGAUGAACACCCGCCGCGGGUCAUAGAGCAAGAAGAGAAACUGAGCUGCUCUUACCUGAACACCUCGGACACCAUGGAGUUCUCACUGGCUCAUCCGGCUGUGAAAGCGUUCAUGUGUGGCUCUCUGAGCGGGACGUGCUCCACGCUGCUCUUCCAGCCUCUGGACCUGGUGAAGACACGUCUGCAGACCCUACAGAACGGCGUCCAGCCCGGGUCGGGUCGGGUUGGCAUGGUCACGGUCUUUGUAAGUGUCCUGCGGACGGAGAAGCUCCUCGGACUGUGGAGAGGCGUUUCGCCUUCAUUUGUGCGCUGUAUUCCAGGAGUCGGCAUCUACUUCAGCACAUAUUUCACUUUAAAGCAGCACUUUUUCGCAAAUGGGGCCCCAGGGCCCUUACAGGCCGUACUGCUGGGAGCCGGUGCCAGAUGUGUCGCAGGAGUCUGCAUGCUGCCCGUCACCGUCAUCAAAACACGCUUCGAGAGCGGCCGCUAUAAGUACAGCAGUGUGUUAGGAGCGCUGCGGUGUGUGUCUCGGACGGAGGGACCGAAGGCUCUGUUCUCAGGACUGACGGCCACGCUGCUCAGAGAUGCACCGUUUUCUGGGAUUUACGUCAUGAUCUACAGCCAGGCCAAAUACACUCUGCCACAAGAGAUCAGUCAGUCCUCUUACGCUCCGCUAGCAAACUUCAGCUGUGGCGUUCUGGCCGGUGUUCUGGCCUCCAUUGUAACCCAGCCGGCAGAUGUAGUGAAAACUCACGUUCAAGUGAGUCCAGACGUCUUCAGCGGGACCUCAGAUGUGAUUCGAUACAUUUACAAGGAGCACGGUUUGGUGGGGUUUUUCCGUGGCGCGGUUCCUCGCUCUCUCAGGAGAACCAUGAUGGCGGCGAUGGCGUGGACGGUGUACGAGCAGCUGAUGGCUCAGAUGGGCCUCAAAUCCUGAGACUCACCAAAACUGAUCGAGAUCUUCACACGGGACGUUUCUUUAACUGACUGUGAUCCACGCAAUUCCCCAAACUUUUUAUUUUCAAUAAACUGAAGUGAGAAUCAUGCUGUAAACACAGAUGUGAACUUAAUGCACUUUAUGUCCACUUUGCUUCUCUUGUCUGUUUGACUGCUGCUGUUAAAUGCUGCUUAUGUUGUGCUAUAAUAAAGUUUUUAUAUACGA